AUGAGCAUUCCCCCGCCAACAGCUCAAGCACCGGUGCCCCCCAUACCCCCCCUCUUCCCUUCCCUUUCCUCUGCCCCAGGAGCUGUUCCCAGCGUGAGCCUGCCUUUUACCACGCACGCUCUAAUGCCCGCCAUUCCACCUCUCCUCCCUUCCCUUUCCUCAGCCCCAGGAGCCGUUCCCAGCGUGAGCCUGCCCCUUACCACGCACGCUCCAACGCCCGCUAUUCCCCCUCUUUUCCCUCCUUUUUCUUCCUUCCCACAAAAUGCCCACAGCGCGAGCAUGCCCCCGCCAGCAGUCCCGGCAGCCCUCUUUCCUCCUCAGACCCGCUCCCCCUUCUCACUAGCCUCAGCCACGCCCCUUCCAGCCCCUCCAAACGCUCUUGCACUGGAACCGCCCCCCGUACCCAACUCCAUCAGGACCCAAAUUCUGGCAGGUGCAGACGUAGAUCUUUUUCUCUGCUUUCUCCUAUUUCUCCCUCACCCGCCGAUCGCCAAAUCAACUGCGGCGACUUCUCAGAGACGCGAGCUCAGCGACUAUCUCACAAUAGUCGCCGAGCUCGCGCUGUCAUACGGAGGUUCCCACUUUUAUACCUACCAUAAACUGUUCGCGGCCAAAUGUGCCAUCCGUGUAGCCCAGUGGAACCAGUGUCCUUACUGGGGGGCUUUGGACACUGAGCUCCAUAACAGAGUGUUCCUGGGCUGCCGCAACAUCUCCUGUGCAGUCUGCCGUUCUUUUUCCCACCCCACCAUCUCAUGCCCUUUCAUCAAUCCAUCCAUUCCUCCCUGCCCCGAACCAUCCCAACCCAAAUCCACUAGCUACGUCCCGCGCCUCAUGGGUACUCCAGCCACCCCCACUCCCACAUUUCGCCGCCGCCUACCUUCCACCGUCAGCCAGGUCUGCGCCAGCUUUAACAGCGGCAGGUGCACGAGACAGCGCUGCCAGUUCAUGCACGUGUGCAACUUUUGCGGCGGGGCUCAUGCCCGUCUGAUUUGUCCAGUACAAAAAGCUGCAAAUAAAAAUUCAAAAAAAUACUUAUCGACCCCUGUGAAUAUUUCUCGUCUGUCUGUAGAAUUGCUUCACCACCCUGACUCUCUUUUUACAGAUUAUGUUCUUUCAGGUCUUGCACACGGCUUCCACCCCGGUGUCGUAAGUCUCCCCUCCCAAAGUCUCAUCUGCCCAAAUCUCCACUCCGCUCUCACCGAACCCGAAAUAGUCGACCUCCUCGUCAAAAAAGAAAUAGACGCAAAUUUCAUGAUCGGCCCCUAUGCCGUCCCUCCCUUCCCCAUUUUCCGGGUCAGCCCCAUUGGUGUAGCCACUAGGAAAUUCUCAGGCAAAAAACGCCUCAUAAUCGAUCUCUCUUCCCCACAUAAUUCCCCGUUCCCGAGCAUUAACAGUCUCAUCCCGCUUGAAGAAUUCUCUCUUCACUAUCACGACGUUGACCAAGCCAUCACCCUGAUUAAAGAUGCAGGCCGUGGCGCUUGGCUGGCAAAAGUCGACAUUACUUCCGCCUUUAAAGUUAUGCCCAUCCACCCAGAUUUUUGGCACUUAUUCGGCAUCCGCUGGAAGAACGAAUUCUACUUCGCUGUCCGCCUCACUUUCGGCUGCCGAAGCAGCCCUAAAAUUUUCGACACGUUGUCAGAGGCAAUUUGCUGGAUCCUCUCCAACAAUUACAACAUUCCCUACCUGAUCCACCUUCUAGACGAUUUCCUAAUUGUCUCGCCCCCAGACUCCGUCCCAGCGGCGCACCUCUUGACAAUCCAAAAGCUUUUUUCAGAGCUCGGGAUUCCCCUCGCCCAAGACAAAACCGAGGGUCCUAGCACUUCCAUCGAAUUUUUGGGCAAACAAAAAUUCCUGGCCUCCCUACCCAAAGAAAAAAUUGACAGGACGAUUGUGAUAGCCUCCACUCUGUUAACCAACACUAGCUGUUCAAAACGCGAGCUGUUAUCCAUUCUAGGUCAUCUAAAUUUCGCGAUGCGCAUUAUCCCACAAGGCCACCCCUUCAUCUCCCACCUCCUUUCCCUCGCAUCUUCCGCCCACGCUCUAGAGGACCGCAUUUCCAUAACUGAUUCGUGCCGCAACGAGCUCAGUCUGUGGAUUUCCUUCCUCAAACAGUGGAACGGCUUAUCCUUCUUUUACAGCAACCUGGUUUCUUCCCCAAUCGAUAUCCAAUUAUAUACCGACGCCGCCCCCUCCGUCGGUUUCGGAGGUUUUCUCCGAGGCCGCUGGUUCGCUUCUACCUGGCCCCCCGAGCUGGCAGAUUUGCCACAACAGCUAUCAUCCUCAGCGCUAUUCGAGCUUUAUCCGAGCACUGCAUUCGUGCACCAAGCUAUCGUGCACUGCAUUAACAAAGGUCGUUCCCAUUCCCCCGCACUAAUGCCUUUGUUAAGAUGCUUGAUUUGGAUUUCGGCUUGUGACCAAUUUAUUAUAACCGCAAAACACAUUCCCGGGUCAAAGAACCAAAUAGCUGACUCUCUCUCUCGUUUUGCCUUUCAGAAAUUCAGAUCGCUGGCACCAGAGGUGGACCCGCUCCCGACCCCGGUUCCUCCUUAUUCAGAACUGAUAUUCCCGAAAACCACCCUCUGAGACCUCUCCUCGAAGCCUCCAUUAAUUCCAUUCUCCAAGCCGUCUCCCCUAGGACACUCCAAGCCUACCUUACAGCAUGGAAAUGUUUUAAAGUAUUCCACUCUGCCUAUAGUUUACCCUUCCCUGAUUUUCCCCUGCUGUCACCUCAUUUAUCUCCCAUCUCAACACCAACAA